UCUAGGAGAGAUUUAAUCUGGUAUUGCAGUAUACCAGAGGAUGAUAGCUUUAGUACAAGACCUGGGGCACAGUUUAAAACAAAGGGGGCUCUGGCGGUAGCUUUUAUUAUAUUUGGUACCUCAUUCAUAUUUGUAAACUCACAUCUAACUGCCCAUCAGUUUAGUGUUCCUUUUUCUAGUUUUGUAAAAGACCGAGUAAAGGAUUUACAUAAAAUAUUUGCAAUGCUCAACCUUCCAAAGGUCCUGCCCUUAAAGAGAAGAAGAGAUAUUUUUGAUUCUUUUGAUUGUGUGUUCUGGUGUGGAGACCUAAACUUCAGAUUGGAGCAAUCUAGAGAAGAAAUCAUCAGAGAUAUUGAGGAUGGAUUAAGCGUACUAGAAACAGAUCAACUAACAUGGCUAAUGUCAGAAGGAACAGUUUUUAGAGGAUUUCGAGAGCAUCCUAUUUUGUUCCGUCCCACUUAUAAAUAUGAUCCAGGGACAGAUGAAUUUGAUACUUCUACUAAACAGAGAAUUCCUUCCUAUACAGACAGGGUUCUAUACAAGCAUCACCCCGGUACAAGGGUUAAACCUCUUCAUUAUGACAGUGUUCAAGGUGUAGUUACUAGUGAUCAUAAACUUGUGUUUAGGUGUAUAGUUACUAGUGAUCAUAAACCUGUAUUUAGAUGUAUAGUUACUAGUGAUCAUAAACCUGUGUUUAGGUGUAUAUUUACUAGUGAUCAUAAACCUGUGUUUAGGUGUAUAGUUACUAGUGAUCAUAAACCUGUGUUUAGGUGUAUAGUUACUAGUGAUCAUAAACCUAUGUUUAGGUGUAUAAUUACUAGUGAUCAUAAACCUAUGUUUAGGUGUAUAGUUACUAGUGAUCAUAAACCUGUGUUUGGGUGUAUAGUUACUAGUGUAGUUACUAGUGAUCAUAAACCUGUAUGGGGAAUGUUUGAGGUUGGGAUUAGACCUGGAAAGGAUUCAGUUCCCCUUGCUGGGGGACUCUUCAACAGACAUGUGUACCUGGAAGGAUUAAAAAGAAGAUCGGAAUCUUUGAAACCAAGCAUUGGAAAAUCCGCGCAUGUGAAUAUGUGCACCAUAUCCUAGCGCGCAUAUAAAUAUUUUAAACUAUGAUGAAUUGCGCGCAUGCCACGUGAUCAUUGGAAAUUUGGAAUCUGGAAACUUAAAAUCAAUCAAUCCAUACUCUUUGUGGUUUGGAAACCUGCUGAUGGUGUAAGCUGUUGAUUAUUAAAAUUUGACUUUGUGAUCUAGCAGAAAUUGAAGUUCUGAUUGUUAAAGGAUUGAGACAUGAUUCUAGGAUUCCUAUGCUUAACUGAAGACAUUGUUGUUGGCUAAACAUUAGCCAUAGAUUUUAUUUCAGAGUCUUUGCCACAAACUCUGAUUUUCAUAUCUCUGUUAAGUUUGCAGUUGCAAAGUUAUAGGGAUUAGAAAAUUUGAGUUUGUGGCGAAGACUCAAUUCCUUAAAUGAAUUUUGGGGUUCCCUAAACUGCUCAGACCGUUGGUUUAAUUUUGAAUCACCGAUUAAAAUCAUUUCUGAAGCUUAAACUUUUACUCGGUGGUUUCAAUUUGAACCGGUAUAAAGCUAGUUCACCGACGUAGCUCAAAUUUGGUCACAGGAAAAUAAACAGUUUCAUUUUUAUUCUCAUUGUAAACCCCCGGUCAAAUGAAUUGCUUGAAGAUCUUUUAUUGUUUUAAAUUUAAAUUCUCAUUUUGGAAAUAUUGUAGAAUAACUUUGAAGGUCUCAACUUCUCAGGGAGGUUUUUGAUUCAUUUUCUUUUACAAUGACAAAAAAACCAGCCAUUCCACAUUAAACCUGGAUUCAUUUCUCAUAUUCUGAUUCAGUAUUGUUUGAACAUUUUUUUUACAAAAAGCGUUUUCAAAUGAAAGGUUCAUAAUCAAAUGUGAUUUUAAAAGAAGAAAAGUUUUAAAAGAUCUGGGCCAAAAGCAAUAUUUGCUUUUUUAAAAAGUGCGAAAACAAAUUGGAGAGUAAAAGAUUUUAGAUUCUAGUGAAGCUUCAGAUUUUUCUCCUUCCAUUCUUUUAUUGCAAAUUAAUAUUUCAUGAUGCACACUCUAAAAAUGCAGUUAGAUAAAAAAAAUCUAUAAUCAAUCAAAACCACGGCAGCACCACAUGGAAGAAAAAUCAAGCGACCUAUGUAGGAAUAAUGGGGGGGGGGGAAGUACUUUUGUGAUACCCUUCUGCUAAAUUGUUUUUAUGCAACCCUAAGAUAUUUAUAAUUUAUAAUUUAAUAUUUAUUAAAUGUGAUAAUGUAUUUUAUUUAUUGGAAUGCAAUAGCAACAAUAUUUACAUGUUUAGCAAUUUGAUAUAAUUAGGAAAUAUUUGUAAAAAUGGUGUUUGAUGUAAUCAUGUGAUAAUUGUUUAGAUAAAUAAUUAACCCCGAGAUGUUACUGUUUUCAAUAAAAUAGUUUAUGUAUA